UUAUUACUUCACCUUCAAAGUAUCUCCGGUUCUUCAAUUGAGUUGAGCUGUAGACCUCUUCCCGGGAUGAUGGUUAGUGUUUUUUGUUAUUGUCGGUUCUCUCUUGGGUGUUCAGAGUUCAGGCUCCAGAGUACAGUGCUCCAGGUCCAGGAGUCUGCAAGCCCUGCAGAGUUCUUCCUCUCCUCUCAUCAAAAGAAGUUCCCUCUUUUGCAUCUCGUGUCAUGGAAGUUUCCGGAACAAUUGGAUCGGAGGCUAGCAAUGGGUUCCACAUCCAACCCCGGAGAAAACGUCCAGCAACCGGCAAACGGUGUGUCUUUUAAAAAAGCGAUGUCCGAGUUUGAUGUGGAGCUGUUGAUUACUGCAGUUUGCAACCGACCUGCUCUUUGGGAUAAAAGUCUUGACAUCUACAAGGACCGGAAUGAUGUCGCCAAAAGUUGGAUGGAAGUUUGCAGAGUGAUCAAAGAAGAUUUCGAAGCUUUAACCAUUUCCCAACAGAAAAAGUUUGAUGUGCUGUUUGAGAACCUUGACGUGGAACUCAUCAAAACUGAACAAUCAGUUAGAUAUUGAGAAGAAUCGUGAAGAGAUUAGCCAGAAUCUCACGCGGAAGGAAGUGGGCCAACAUUCACAAACAGAGCAAUCACUUCAGAAGGAAGUGGGCCAUUUACAAGUCUUUUGGGGAUACUCAAUGGUGGUGGUCCAAAUGCCUCCACUACCAUUGAAGCUUCUGCAAGAUCCACUGGAGAUGACCGGAUGCCUCGGCUCUGAUGAAGUGUUAUAUUGAGUCCAUUGAUCAGGAAUGAAACUGGUGCUAUUUUUUUGAGUCCGGCAACAACCUCUAGAGCUUGAUACUCAGAUUUUUGGAUUUUCUCAUCAAGAUGCCUUCCACUCCCAGUUGCUUCACAGGCGAUCUCCUUCGAGCCAUGGAGCGCCACUGUACAGCUGAGAGAGGAGGCAGGCUUUCCUUACCCGGUGGCAGUCUGAAAGGGUGGAGCGGAGUGGUUAAGCCGUCGUCUUCAGCCCCGGCACAGCCAGCCGAACCUACCCCCAUCUGAGCCAGAUCCAGACCCAGAGAAGGGUCUGGGAGGCUGCUCUAGGUUCCUCCCGCGCACCCGGUGGGAGAUCCUCCAGUCAUAUUGUCCGGGGAGGAGGAUGAACCGUCUCCAUCUUCAGCUAUUGAAGGAAGUAUUGAUGUGGUAGUAGACGACUCGGCUACCAAAGAAAGUAGAGUAGAUGUGGUCGGUUUGGAAAACCUCAACUGUGACUUAAAACCGGAACCAUUGGACUGAGACUUGUUAAUUCCAUUUUUUUAAUCAAAAGAUCUGGAGGAAAAUGGCCAAAUAAUAUUGUAAAUAUGUAAAUAACCUAUGUAAAUGAAACCUUUUUAAAUAAUCUAUGUAAAUGUAAAUAAUUAUAAUAAGUGGACAAGAUGGCGAACGUUGAAGCUAGAAUAUCAUGUGGUUGAAGUGGGAGAUGACUAUCUAGUCAAAGAUAACAAACGGAUUCUACGAGAAUCUGUUGAUGGUAAAGGAAACGACCGCGAUCUUUAGCAGAGAAGGAAUAAGUGAUAGGAAAAUUCCGUUUUAGUGCAGAAGUGAAAGGAGUAGUGGCUAAACUGGAAAUAGUUGUGGCGGGAGAGGUCUAUGGGUUUCUCCGUACCACAGGUUUAUAUGACCUAAGCCUGUGGGAGCCUCUUCCCCAAAAAAGAGUGA